AUAAUAAUUUCGUUUAAUAGCACUUUAUUUGUAUAGUGGAUUUUCAGGUGAAUUUCCUUUUUCUAUUAUUCCCAUAUGACGAGAUAUAGCUUUGAACCAGAGACUGCCUCUAAAUGCGUUAAAGCAAGGGGAAGUAAUUUAAGAGUACAUUUUAAGAAUACUCGCGAAACAGCUCAUGCCAUACGACAUAUGCACUUAAGAAGGGCUAUAAGAUAUUUAAAAAACGUUAUUGUUAAAAAAGAAAUAGUGCCUUUCAAACGUUAUAACGGUGGAGUUGGAAGAAAAGCUCAAGCCAAAGUUUGGAAAUGGACACAAGGAAGAUGGCCUAAAAAGUCAGCUGAAUUCUUAUUACAGUUAUUAAAAAAUGCUGAAAGCAAUGCUGAAUAUAAAGGUCUUGAUACAGAUCAUUUAGUUAUUGAACAUAUUCAAGUUAAUCGAGCCCAAAAAAUGAGAAGAAGAACAUAUAGAGCACAUGGACGUGUAAAUCCUUACCUUUCAAGUCCUUGUCAUAUUGAAUUGAUUUUAAUUGAAAAAGAGCAAGCAGUUUUAAAAUCAGGAGUUGAAGAAAUUGAAUCAGGGAAAAAGAAAUUGUCUCAGAAAAAAUUAAAGAAAGCUAAAAUGAUGCAAAGAGGAUAAUAAAUUUUAUGAUUAUAUUUAAUUGUUA